GAGAAGAGGACAAAGAUACUCAGAGAGAAAAAGUAGAGGACCGAAGAAGGAGACUGGAGAGACCAGGAUCCUUCCAGCUGAACAAAGUCAGCCGCAAAGCAGACUAGCCAGCUGGCUACAAUUGGAGUCAGAGUUCCAAAGAUAUGGGCUUGUUAGAGUGCUGUGCAAGAUGUCUCGUAGGGGCCCCCUUUGCUUCCCUGGUGGCCACUGGAUUAUGUUUCUUUGGGGUGGCACUGUUCUGUGGCUGUGGACAUGAAGCAUUAACUGGCACAGAAAAGCUAAUUGAGACCUAUUUCUCCAAAAACUACCAGGACUAUGAGUAUCUCAUCAAUGUGAUCCAUGCCUUCCAGUAUGUCAUCUAUGGAACUGCCUCUUUCUUCUUCCUUUAUGGGGCCCUCCUGCUGGCUGAGGGCUUCUACACCACCGGUGCAGUCAGGCAGAUCUUUGGCGACUACAAGACCACCAUCUGCGGCAAGGGCCUGAGCGCAACGGUAACAGGGGGCCAGAAGGGGAGGGGUUCCAGAGGCCAACAUCAAGCUCAUUCUUUGGAGCGGGUGUGUCAUUGUUUGGGAAAAUGGCUAGGACAUCCCGACAAGUUUGUGGGCAUCACCUAUGCCUUGACCAUUGUGUGGCUCCUGGUGUUUGCCUGCUCUGCUGUGCCUGUGUACAUUUACUUCAAUACCUGGACCACCUGCCAGUCAAUUGCCUUCCCCAGCAAGACUUCUGCCAGUAUAGGCAGUCUCUGUGCUGAUGCCAGAAUGUAUGGUGUUCUCCCAUGGAAUGCUUUCCCUGGCAAAGUGUGUGGCUCCAACCUUCUGUCCAUCUGCAAAACAGCUGAGUUCCAAAUGACGUUCCACCUGUUUAUUGCUGCAUUUGUGGGGGCUGCAGCCACACUGGUUUCCCUGCUCACCUUCAUGAUUGCUGCCACUUACAACUUUGCCGUCCUUAAACUCAUGGGCCGAGGCACCAAGUUCUGAUCUCCUGUAGAAAUUUCCCUUUCUCUAAUAGCGAGGCUCUAACCGCACAGCCUGCAAUGCUGCAUCUCCCAUGUUAACUCUUUGCCUUUGCCACUGAUUGGCCCUCUUCUUACUUGACGAGUGUAACAAGAAAGGAGAGUCUUGUGGUGAUUAAUGUCUCUCUGUGGACUCUCCCCUCUUACAUACCUCUUUUAGUCAUUUUGCUUCACAGCUGGUUCCUGCUAGAAAUGGGAAAUGCUUCAGAUGGUGACUCCCCAGCUGCAAGUCACAAAGGAAUGGAGGCUCUAAUUCAAUUUUCAAGCAUCUCCUGAGGACCAGGAAGUGUUUUCUCCUCAAAGGGCACUUCCACUGAUGGAAACAAAGUGGAAAGAAAGAUGCUCAGGUAGAGAGAAGGGAUGUAUCUGGUCCCCUUGACAUCUGUUGGGGCCAAAUAUAUACUCCUUAGUGUACAAAACAGAAAACCUACUCCUUUUUCCCUAUUACCACUGAAGAUAGAAGAAGAAAAAAAGAAUGCUAACAAAACAAUAAGAGCAUUUGCCCAAAUCUACCUAUUGCAGCUGGGAGAAGGGGGUCAAAGCAAGGAUCUUUCACGCAUAGAAAGAGAGCACUGACCCUGAUGGUGAUGGACUAUUUAAGCCCUAACUCAGCCUACUUUAUAGCAUAAGGGAUCGUAGUGUCUGUGUAGACCAAGGGGGCAGCUGGCCUUACACCUUAUUAAAGAAGAGAAGCAGGGUAUUGUCAGCAUCUUCUCACUCCCUUCUCCUUGAUAACAGCUACCAUGACAACCCUGUGGUUUCCAAGGAGCUUAGAAUGGAGAGAAAUUAGCUCAUAUGAAAAAAAGACUGGCCUAAGGAACAGCAGUUGUUAGUUGCUAAUGGUGUAAACUGACCCAGCCCUCUGGUAGACACAGGAUAGAUAACUCUUUGGAUAGCAUGUCUUUUUUCUGUUAAUUAGUUGUAUACUCUGGCCUCUGUCAUAUCUUCACAAUGGUGCUCUUUUCAUGGGGUAUUAGCCAUUCAGUUACAGAAGAUGAUUUGAAGAUCUUGAUUUGUUUCAGAACGAUGCAUAUUUCACAUUUUCCGGUUUGCUUAUCACUUGUUUGGGGUUGUACCAGAAGGGUCUAGAGAAUGAUUCUUUGAUUAUGAUUCUCUAACAAAGGAAUAUUGAACGUUAAACAUUGCAAAUAACAUUUAAAAUUGGCUAGUUCCAUACAUCUACUAGAUUUU